CACCACGCCCCACUCAUGGCUGCCCCUCGAGAGGAAGGCGCCACCGAGCUCAACCAGGAGAGCCGAUGGCCGGUGUGGUCUUCUCUGCUCCUGUACCGGCAGAUCCUCGACGAGAUCGAGGCCAACGACUACGACAACUUCACCCGGAGGGCCUACAUUCCUAAGACGAAGAAGCUGAUGGCGCUGCCCAAGGCGUACCUGAGAUCACUGGUGGUGCCCUCCUCGUCUCCUCAGGCUGAGAGCCGGAGACACUAUUCCACCCUAACAUAGACCGGUCUCUCUCUC